AUGGCCGCGGACGAAGUUGCCGGAGGGGCGCGCAAAGCCACGAAAAGCAAACUUUUUGAGUUUCUGGUCCAUGGGGUGCGCCCCGGGAUGCCGUCUGGAGCCCGGAUGCCCCACCAGGGGGCGCCCAUGGGCCCCCCGGGCUCCCCGUACAUGGGCAGCCCCGCCGUGCGACCCGGCCUGGCCCCCGCGGGCAUGGAGCCCGCCCGCAAGCGAGCAGCGCCCCCGCCCGGCCAGAGCCAGGCCCAGAGCCAGGGCCAGCCGGUGCCCACCGCCCCCGCGCGGAGCCGCAGUGCCAAGAGGAGGAAGAUGGCUGACAAAAUCCUCCCUCAAAGGAUCCGGGAGCUGGUCCCGGAGUCCCAGGCUUACAUGGACCUCCUGGCAUUUGAGAGGAAACUGGAUCAGACCAUCAUGAGGAAGCGGGUGGACAUCCAGGAGGCUCUGAAGCGGCCCAUGAAGCAAAAGCGCAAGCUGCGUCUUUAUAUCUCCAAUACUUUUAACCCUGCGAAGCCCGAUGCCGAGGAUUCUGAUGGCAGCAUUGCCUCCUGGGAGCUGCGGGUGGAGGGGAAGCUCCUGGAUGACCCCAGCAAGCAGAAGCGGAAGUUCUCUUCCUUCUUCAAGAGCUUGGUCAUUGAGCUGGACAAAGACCUUUAUGGCCCUGACAACCACCUCGUGGAGUGGCACCGGACACCCACCACUCAGGAGACGGACGGGUUCCAGGUGAAGAGGCCGGGGGACCUGAGUGUACGCUGCACGCUGCUUCUCAUGCUGGACUACCAGCCUCCCCAGUUCAAACUGGACCCCCGCCUGGCCCGGCUGCUGGGCUUGCACACGCAGAGCCGCUCGGCCAUCGUCCAGGCCCUGUGGCAGUACGUGAAGACCAACCGGCUGCAGGACUCCCACGACAAGGAGUACAUCAACGGCGACAAGUAUUUCCAGCAGAUUUUUGACUGUCCCCGGCUGAAGUUUUCUGAGAUUCCCCAGCGCCUCACAGCCCUUCUGCUGCCCCCUGACCCAAUUGUCAUCAACCACGUCAUCAGCGUGGACCCAUCGGACCAGAAGAAGACGGCAUGCUACGACAUUGACGUGGAGGUGGAGGAACCCCUGAAGGGACAGAUGAGCAGCUUCCUGCUGUCUACGGCCAACCAGCAGGAGAUCAGCGCUCUGGACAGUAAGAUCCACGAGACGAUUGAGUCCAUCAACCAGCUCAAGAUCCAGAGGGACUUCAUGCUGAGCUUCUCCAGAGACCCCAAGGGCUACAUCCAGGACCUCCUCCGCUCCCAGAGCCGGGACCUCAAGGUGAUGACAGACGUGGCAGGCAACCCCGAGGAGGAGCGCCGGGCUGAAUUCUACCACCAGCCUUGGUCCCAGGAGGCCGUCAGCCGCUACUUCUAUUGCAAGAUCCAACAGCGCAGGCAGGAGCUGGAGCAGUCGCUGGUCGUACGCAACACCUAG